AUGAUCAGCUACCAAGAAUUGCUUCCUCUGGGAACUGGUCUUAUUGUGACAUCCGCAUCAUUUUGCUUGGGUCUUGCCUAUUCCAACUGGCCUUUUGAUUAUUUCACUCUAUACUCUGACGGAGGGGAUGAGGCAUUCAAACAGUCAUUGGACCAUCUCCUUCUGUGGUCCAAGGUUCCACGUUUCGUACACUGGACUUUACAUGGAGUUAUUGGUCUCGGUUACAUUGGUUGUUUUAUCAAGAUCUUCAAGCCAGACCCAGAUCAAUCAUUGUUCGAAUACGGAACUUUGGUUCUAUUUGUAGUGGCCACAGUCAUGUAUUUGACCAAUAUUCGUUUGGGUAUCUUGAGUGCUGAGAAGGGUGAAUGGGGCGACGUGGACGAACAGACAGGAAUCAACGUCAUUGCUGCCUCUACUGGGCUUCUAGUUUUCGUCCUUAUCGGUAUUCUGCUUUUACAAUUUGGUUUGUGGUACGCAGUACACGCAGACAGGGUACUCAAGGAGAAGUAUUUGAAGGAGGAGGCUGCAAAAGAGGCCAAACUGGAGAAGGAAAGCGAAAAAACUGAAGAUAAGGCAGCAGAAGAAUCUGAAGCAAAGCCAGAUUCGUACAAAUCUAAGAGUAAGAAAAGCUCCACUUCUGGAUCUAAAUCAACUGCUACUACCGCUCAGAAGAGAAAGGCUUAA